AUGUCUGCAGAUUAUGCCGCCCGUGAGCAGCGGAGACGAAGAGAUUUUGAUACCCACAACCAGGCCCAUGACUCUUCUUCUGUCUCCGAUUCUCUUCUACAGACUUCCGGCCCUUCAAGCCCUGCCCGCGCCCGGAGGAGGGCCUUCAGACCAAGCGAGCGCCUGCAGAGAUAUCAAAGAGAAAGACUCGGCCAGAACGCAAGGACCCCUAUGACAGAUAACCAUUCCCCUCUCGCUCGACUUUCCCCAGCUUCCCCUGCUAUAUCCACCGGUGAUCGUGGGGAGAGAUUGAGAUCUAAGCGUAGGAAAUUAGACGACGGUACAUACGACGAAGAACCCCAGACAUUUCAAUAUGGCUUCGACGGCCAGGUGGUCCCGGGUCAACUACGAAUGCAGAUCGUCAGCUGUGACGGUGGUGAAUACUCUGAUCCGCAUGUCGCCAUCAACAACUAUCCCCAGAAUAUUCUUGUGGAUGACACUAGUGUCUACUGCACCAAAAGCAAUAAGUGCAACAUGCUCCUCAAACACGUCGGUGGCAUGCCAUUUACCUUGACCAAGAUCAUUGUCAAGGCUCCUCGCGCAGGAUUUGAUGCUCCAAUUCAAGAAGGAUUGAUUUUCAUCUCAAUGGAUGAUGAUGGACUUGUUGACAAAACCUCCCAUUAUGACGUACGAUGGUCUCCCCGAGCAUACCGCUAUUCACGGCAUAGGAACGAAGGGACCCGGCCUUCUCAAGAGUAUCUCAACCCUAGUGGGUCGCCACUGCGUUCUGUUGAUCGCUCGAGCUACCUCACCGAUCCCACGAGCCACGAGGAGUUCCCAGAUCUCGGUACCACGCUUGUCCCCGGAUUCAAUGUUUCAGUGGCAGACGUAUCAGGCGAUGAGGACAACAAUGAACUCCCCGUAUCACCCCGACCCUGGCACGAUGACGAUUAUUCGCUGCGGUCAUAUGUCGAUCGCUACCGACCAGUCUAUCUAGGAGGACCAGGCAAUGAACGAAAUGACAAUAUCUCAGCCACCUCAAGUGAUUCAGAAGACGACACAGGAACACCUUUACACGACCGACCAUCGGCCGAGACAGAGCGACGACAACGACGUCAAUUGGAGGUUGAUAUGGAGCUUCAGAAUCGGGUGAUUGAUCGAAUGCGUGCCCAGCAGAUCAGAGACAGUGAUGAGUACUUCGGCCGACGCAGUCGGCCCCCGGCUGAUCACCAUGAGGAUAACGAUGACGAAUUUCGAUUCCUUGACUCUCGCUAUGCUACACCAAGUCGCAGCGGAGGACGGACUUUUGCAGCGGCGACAGGAGCGCAUGAUCCGACAAAUUCAGCCUCAGAGCAGCCCCCAACAAGCCUUCACGCCACGGACCCUGAAGAAUGCGGCCCAGCUGCAAAAAUCAGCAGAGGCGAAGAAGGACGCCCUUCCUCUGCGGGCCCUGACGCAAUCAAACCACACGCGCGAUUCUUCAUCAGCAGGAGCAAGUCCAGCACGGCCAUCAACUUCGAUCCUCCUAUUUCUGGUCGAUAUAUUUUCGUCAAGCUUUGGGCCCAGUGUCCCAAGGCGAACAUCGACGUACAGGCUAUCCUGGCGCAUGGCUACGGAGGACCGCGGUUCUUCCCUUGCUCGGAAAUGAGAUGA